UAUAUUAGAAUUUUUUUUUAAAAUAUAUAUAAAAUAUAGAAAUUUAUAUUAAAAAAUGAAAUCUAUAGUAGUAGCGUGAAAUAGUAAAAGUUGUUUGUAACAAAGAUUCAAAUUUACGGUCUGACCGGGUUUGCAACUUGAUUUAAUUUUUGAUACAAUAAACGAUACGUUGACUUAGUCAACAAAGGUAGAAAGCCACGUGGCAGCAUUGACUUUUCCGCAUAAUGGUGGCCAAGUAAACAGACAAAACACAAACUGAGCAACAUUGUAAUAGUCAGAGAGGAGGAGAAGAAGAAGGAGACGCUUAAACGAUGCCGUACUACACCAAAGACGACGAUGAAGUUGAUGAAUUCAACGACUACGAUCCGACGCCGUAUAGCGGAGGCUAUGACAUCACCGUGACGUACGGUCGCUCAGUCCCGCCGUCGGACGAGACUUGUUACCCUCUCUCCUCUCGCUCCGGCGACGCCUUCGAAUAUCAGCGGCCCGUGUUUUCUUCUAGCCAUGAGCCUGCUGCUUAUGGCGACCAGGCUCUCAACACCGAGUACAGUAGCUAUGCCCGACCCAAAACCCGACCCGGAGGUCACGGAGGCGUUCACGUUGAAGGUGAGUACGGUGGAAGGAAACCUGAUUCCGGAUAUGGCGGAAGAACGGAGGUUGAGUAUGGCCGUACACCACCUGAGUUGGAGCACAGCCACACAAAAUAUAGUGGGAAGGACCCUGGUGAUGAGAAGAACAUGAAGAAGGAUAAGAAAAAGGAUGGUAAUGUCUCUGACGAUGAUGAGAAGAAGAAAAAGAAGAAGGAGAAGGACCAAUACAAGCACCACAACGACCAUCAUGAUGAUGGUUAUGAUGAGGAAAAGAAGAAGAAGAAGGAGAAGGACCAUCAUCAUGAUGAUGAAAAGAAGAAGAAAAAGGACUAUCAUGAUGAUGGUUAUGAUGAGAAAAAGAAGAAGGACAAGGACCAUCAUCAUGAUGAUGAUGAGAAGAAAAAGAAGAAGAAGGACAAGGACCAACAUGAUGAUUAUGAUGAGAAGAAGAAGAAGAAAAAGGACUAUGAUGAUGAUGAUGAAAAGAAGAAGAAGAAGGAGAAGGACCAACAUGAUGAUUAUGAUGAGAAGAAGAAGAAGAAAAUGGACUAUGAUGAUGAUGAUGAAAAGAAGAAGAAGAAGAAGAAAGACGAUCAUGAUGAGAAAAAGAAGAAGAAGGAGAAGGACCAUCACGAUAGUGAUGAUGAGAAGAAGAACAAGAAGAAGGAUAAACACCACAAGGGCCAUGACUAAAACCCUUCUUUGUAAGGGAUUGCAUCUCUCAAGCUUCUAUUCACUAAUUAAGUAAGUAACCCACUCACCCUUUUCUCUAGGUUUUUGUUUUGUUGUUUUGUUUUUAUUUCUGGUUCCCAUUUGUGCUAUCUUCUACGAGACUUGAACGAGUCAUGAAACUCUAUGCAUUAUAAGUUUCCUAGUGAUGUGUUUUGGUUUAACCAAUCCGGCUA